ACUGACGUCGUGUUCCACCGCCAGACACUCUUCUUAUUGUGAAACCCCAACACAAGGAGAACAGCGCAGUCUUCACCAUGUUGACCACCACCUUCGCUCUCCUGGGGGCUGCCCUCGGCGCUAGCGCCCACUACACCCUCCCCAAGGUUGGAAGCGGCUCCGACUGGCAGCACGUCCGCCGGGCCGACAACUGGCAGAACAACGGCUUCGUCGGCGAUGUCAACUCGGCUCAGAUUCGCUGCUUCCAGUCGAGCCCUUCCGCCGCCCAGGAGGUCUACAGUGUCGCGGCUGGCUCCUCGGUGUCCUACUCCGCUAGCCCUAACAUCUACCACCCGGGCCCCAUGCAGUUUUACCUCGCCCGCGUCCCUGACGGACAGGACAUCAAGUCGUGGAACGGCGAUGGCGCCGUGUGGUUCAAGGUGUCCCACGAGCAGCCCAACUUCGGCUCCCAGCUCACGUGGCCCAGCAACGGCAAGAGCUCGUUCGACGUCCCCAUCCCGAGCUGCAUCAAGGCCGGCAAGUACCUCCUCCGCGCUGAGCACAUCGGACUGCACGUCGCCCAGAGCGCAGGUGGCGCUCAGUUUUACAUCAGCUGCGCCCAGCUCGAUGUCACCGGUGGCGGCAGCACUGAGCCGUCCAACAAGGUCGCCUUCCCCGGCGCGUACAAGGCUUCGGACCCCGGCAUCCAGAUCAACGUCAACUGGCCGAUCCCGACCUCGUACCAGAACCCCGGCCCCCCGGUCUUCAAGUGCUAAGCUGCUAUGCUGCUAAGCUGCUAGAGAGAAUGAACUGGCAGGAAGAAGUUGGUGGGUGGUGGGUGGGCCUUGUCCACUCGCUGAGAGUGAAAUAAGCCUUGGUUUUAUUCCUAGGCGACGACACCCACUCGACGGGUGAUCAGCUAGGUCGCCAACCCAAUCUGUAUAUAGAUAUCUUCAACCUUGAACAUACAUCGUAGCAUUGGCUCAAACACAUUCAAAAAUGACAGCGACCCAGUGACACCAAACCCAACCCCUGAAUAUUGCUCGGAACAUGCGGGGCCUUGGUUAUUGAACGCGUUAUACACAUUCUUACCAUCCGCAGGACUAA